UGAAGACAUAUUAUAACCAUAGGACAUGGGUUUAUUGACAGAAGGCAGCCCACUAAGCUGGGAAGAAACAAAGGCGUUAGCAGACCAUGUAAGACAGCACGGUGUAGUGCAGUUUAUUAAUUUGUAUAAACGCCUUCGUGAUCGCCAAGGGGAUGUUCUUAAGUGGGGUGACGAGGUUGAAUAUAUUCUUGUGAAGUUCGAUCAUGCAAGAAAGGUAGCAAGAGUUUCACUUCGAGCGGCAGAUAUCCUGAAUAUUCUACAAGAAAAGGAACUUAAGAAUCCGCAUGGGGUUAAAUCUCUGUGGAGGCCAGAAUAUGGAGCAUACAUGAUCGAAGGAACCCCAGGCAAGCCAUAUGGUGGAUUGCUUGCUCAUUUCAACAUCGUUGAAGCAAACAUGAAGUAUCGCAGAGAGGAAGUUGCAAGGUUGUUAAAUCCAGGAGAAGUGGUCAUGUCACUCACAAGUUUUCCCCGGCUUGGCUCUCAUGACUUCACAGACCCUCCAACAGUUCCCACUCCAGAAACUGGGGCUUCACGUUCCCUUUUCUUUCCUGAUGAAGCCAUAUUCCAAGGACAUCCACGCUUCAGAACACUGACAAGAAAUAUUCGACAAAGGAGAGGAUCAAAGGUUGCUAUAAACCUACCUAUCUUCAGGGACAAGAAAACACCAAACCCAUUUGUGGAGAACCUGGAGGCUGUCGGUGGUAAUGGUGAAUCUAGUGAGGCGGCCUUACCAAAUCAUGUGUACAUGGAUGCGAUGGGGUUUGGCAUGGGAUGCUGUUGCCUCCAGCUUACAUUCCAAGCUUGCAAUAUCAAUGAAGCAAGGACCCUCUAUGAUCAACUUACACCACUUUGCCCCAUCAUGUUGGCAUUGACGGCAGCAUCACCAUUGCACCGAGGUUAUGUGACAGAUGUAGAUUGUCGAUGGAAUGUUAUCUCAUGCUCUGUGGAUUGUCGCACCAGAGAAGAGAGAGGAGAAUUGCCGCUGAAACACAAUAAAUUUAGAAUACCAAAAUCUCGUUAUGAUUCCAUUGACUCUUAUCUUUCACCACAAGGAGAAAAAUACAAUGAUGUGCCUUUGAUAUAUGACAAGGCCAUAUACGAGCAGCUGCGUGAUGCAGAUAUUGAUCACCUGCUAGCACAGCACAUUGCACAUCUGUUUAUACGUGACUCUGUUUCUCUAUUCAGUGAGAAGGUGAACCAGGAUGACGAACAGGACACAGACCAUUUUGAGAACAUUCAGUCAACUAAUUGGCAGACAAUGAGGUUCAAGCCUCCACCUCCCAAUUCUCCUAUUGGUUGGAGGGUGGAAUUCCGACCUUGUGAAGUCCAGAUCACAGACUUUGAAAAUGCAGCUAUCGUGUGCUUUGUUGUGCUUCUCACCAGGGUGAUCCUGUCAUAUCAACUUAACUUCAUCAUACCUAUCAGCAAGGUUGAUGAAAAUAUGAAGCGUGCUCAAAAACGAGAUGCGCUUCGUCAGGAGGAAUUCUACUUCCGCAAAGAUAUCACAACCUGUGUCUCUCCACCUGCUGCAACAUCUUGCUGCCAGACUAGUGAUUGCUGUGAUGUCUAUACUCCUAUGACCAUUGACCAGAUCAUCAAUGGCAAGUUGUUGUUUCAGACAGAUGAAUUUCCUGGACUUAUUCCACUGAUCAACAGUUACCUUAGUGGGAUGGAUGUUGAUGCGGACACACAUUGCACCAUCCAGCAGUAUUUGAAAUUGAUCCAGCGAAGAGCAUCUGGUGACUUGCAGACCACAGCGAGGUGGAUGAGGCAGUUUGUCCAGUCACACCCAGACUACAGACAUGAUUCUGUGGUGAGCGAACGUAUAAACUAUGACCUGUUGACCCAGAUUCAUGGGAUACAAACUGGUGAAAUUCCUUGCCCAGAUUUAUUGGGCACGUGUUUACAAUCAAAGACUCAGGAAUCCAUUCCCGCAGCAGUUGAGAAGGCAGAGGCAAUAAAUGGCGAGUGUUGUUGAACUUAUGUACUGGUUGGUAACCUUUAAACGUAGGUGAUCAGUGGCUGAAGCCAUGAGGUACUUAGGAAGAAAUAAUGAACGGUGAUGUUCAGUGAUUUAGCUCUUAUCCCACCUGUAUAUAUUGUAGAAACAGUUCUCUGUAGAACUGAAGGUAAGGCUGUGUCUACACCAAUAAUGGUUAAACGAUUACUUGAAAAACGGGGGUUUCAAAAAUCUGUCCACCAUGCAGUUCUUUCCAUGGAUCUGUAUGGAGUGAAGGGCUAAGUAAUCCAAUACAAACUACAGUUUUAAGCACAAAUAUUUAUUAUGGAAACUUAAUUUCUAUUCUGAUAUCCUUGCAUAUUGAAUAAACAUGUUAUAAAACAUAAAAAAUCUGUAAGUUCUUCUUCUCCAACUCUUCUUGUAAUUUAAAUUAUGCAUACAUAACCAGGUGUAUAGUGUAAUUGUAAAGAGGCUGUUAUAUCCUGUCAUCUACUACCUGGAUACAUGCCACUAAGAAUCACAGCAUUCUGUACCAAAGAAACCUUAUUAAUUUGCCUUGCAGGGGACCAAAUAUUAUUAAUUUGGAGUGAAAUGACUGUAAUUAUUUAAUAUUUGCUGUGUAUAUUGUAAUUCAUGAUCAUGAUUUCACUACUAUAUGGGGCUAGUUAUGGACAUUGUUACUGAAGUAAACAAGAGAUGAAGGCACAUGAUGGCUCCUCCUAUGAACGUUACGAACGUGGCAGUUGAGCUGGCUGUGUGCUCAGUGUUGGUUGCUUACACAUUGGUUAGCACAAGAUGGAGUUCAGAAAACCACUAUGAAACUAGUAAUGAAUUGUAUUUGUAUUCUAUUAUCACUAGAGGUUUCUGUUCUAUAAAAAGCUCUAAUUAACCACGUUUCACCCUUGUGUAACUUAGAAUCACAAACUAAUAGCACCUUUAAUAGUCUAUCUUAUAAAUUAUAUAGAUGUGUCUUCAGUGAUUGGGAUUGUCACCAAGUUCGUAUUAGGUGGUACUUCGUGAGUCAUGAAAAAACAAAAUAUUGGUUUUGUUGUAUGAGUGCAACAUUUUGUUAUCUGUACAGUUCCAUGGAAAGUACUGUACAAAUGUGAAGCCUUUAGAUAACAUACAUUUGCAUGCAGAAUACUAUUUGUGGUGUGCAGAUGAUGGAUACUUCCUUAAAGUGUUAAAUUUGUAUUCAUAUCAAAUUGGUUAAUAUUGAGAAAUGACAGUAUUGUUUUUUGACAUAACAGAAGCAUAUCCUACCCACAUAAAGCAUUCCAUGAAACUACUGAAAGUAUUAUUUUGCCAAGUUAGCAGUGUUAUCUCCAACUUUGUAGGAGGAUAAGGGUACUAACUGUAUUCCACACAUCAUCUGAAGCAUCUCGCCAUGAAAGCCCUCAGGUAGGAAUGUGGGUAAUACUUCAUGCAGAAUGAUUUUACAUCAGUAAAAAUGUUUGUUUGUGUAGUGGCUGAGAAAGGAUGUUUAUCUAAGUAAGAGUCUUGGAAAAACAGUAACAAUGGCUGAUGCUAUACGUCAGCCGCAUUUAUACUUUCAGUAAAUGAAACCUCAGGAAAUCUGCAAAUACUGGUAGCAAACUGGUAUAUAAACAUAAUUGAUUUGAAUACUGAAUUCUGAAUUUAGAAUUCAGAAGUAACCUGUGAUAACAGAUAUUAAUCUUAAAUGUGGAAAGAGUAUGUGAGGAGGUUGUUGGAGUAUAGUGUUGGUGAUUAAAUUAUAGGAAGACACUGCAGCCUAUAGGUACUAUAGGAUUCUGACGAUGGUGUAUAACACACAGAGAUAUUGAGUUUUCGGACUUUAUCCAUCGUCCUGGUUU